AUGGUACUUCAACUUAUCGGAGCUCCCACAUCUUGGAAUACCUUGCGUGCACGUCACGUCCUCUUUGAAAAGGGGCUUGUUGAUGAUGUCGAGCUUGUCGAUCUGAGCGUGGAGAAUGGUGAUCAGAAGAAACCGGAGCACGUGGCCAAGAAUCCAUACGGCAAGGUCCCGGUACUAAUUGAUGGGGAUUUCACUUUGUUCGAGUCGUCUAACCCUAGCGAUCUCGGGCUGUUUGCGCAAGCUGCCUCCAUAGAACUGACACAGUUCGAUAAUCUUGCGGAGCCAUUUGUCCUCAAGCUUGUCAUUGCUAAAUUUCAAGGAAAACCUGUCCCUAAGAAUGAAGUCUCGAGCGCAUUGGCUGAUCUAGCACCAAAGCUUGACACACUCGACGGCAUCAUUUCAAAUCAGAGCUACAUAGCUGGGGAGCAGUUCUCCUUGGCCGAUGCCUUCUAUAUGCCUCUUGUGCAUUUGCUUAUAGGAUUAGGCUUUCAGGGCUUGAUCUUCGAGAGACCAAAUUUGGAGAAAUGGUGGAAGACUGUCAGUCAACGUGAGGCGUGGCAGAGAGCCGUUGAGCCCUUCAACAAAGUGUACGGAUUCUAG